GUCAAGGUGGAGAGGUUCGACUUUUCAGAUCCACAAGGGGGCAAGGGAGAAGCCGACCGCCAGGCCGCAACAAUUAAAGGACAUAUCAAUGUGUACUUAAACGAGGGGCACGAUGUGAACAACGCUGCACAGAUGAAAGAAGCCAUUGAAUCAAAUGGCGGUAUUCCUGGCGUUAUUGUGAAGUAUGUGAAGCCUCCCGAACUAUCUGCUGGCAAAAACGUGAUCAAAUGGGACGGAAUUAGUACGCUUAAUAACUUCCACUUUUGUCCAAAUGGUAUCACAACAUGGAAGGCUUAUAACAUCGGGCCCGGAAAGCUGGUAACAUGGAAGGACAUUCAAACCGAUGGUAUCUUUCCUGCUACACUUGAAGUUUUGGAGCCUCCUGAUACCCGCUCUCAGCAGUCAAGCUUUAGAAAAAUCAAUCCUAGAAAGGAAGUGCAGCAAAAAUCUUUGUCCGAACAACGGCUGAGUAGUCCUGACCAGCAAGAGACAGCAGGACAAGACAUGGAUGUAUAAAAAGAGAAAGAGGAAGUAAGCGGCCUUUUUACCUGUUCAGAAGAUGGGUGUAUUCAGACAUUCCAGCGGUCCUCAAGUUUGCAAGCACAUUUAGACGAAGGAAAGCACAAGCGCGCGCUAGAAAAAGAAACACUGUUUGACAAAGCCAGAAAAGGAUACGCUGCGAGAAUAACUGGAGAGCAAACGAAAGUUCCAACUUUUGGUUUCUACACGACAUCAAAAAUCUCAGUUGAUAAACUACAUUCCACACUUGAGAUGGGAUGGGCUCUUAAAACAACAAGGAGUAGAACCCAGUUUACAGAAGAACAAAGAAAGUUCCUCGCAGAACAGUUUCUCAUCGGGGAGGAGUGUGGUAAAAAGGCAGAUCCACAACAGGUAUCGCAAGAAAUGCGAAGAGUGAGGGACGAAAAGGCUGCUCGUAUUUUCAGUGGAAAGGAUAUUCUUUCGCCACAGCAGGUGGCAGGAUUCUUCUCA